GUGCCUUAUGUUGCUAGCGGGGCAGCUCCGUAGCGGCGCCACACAGAACAGCAACGAUGACGACCCUACUGUGAUCUCGGCCCCCGACGGCCAGGACGCCCCCUCCCUGGUCAUCACGGACGGCGCAGCAGCAGAGGGUGAGCCUCCAGACGCCUCUCCCCCGAGCCACGAGGGGACCCAGGUCGAGGACCCCAGCUAUGAGGUUUGGGGCACGCCAGGUUCCAGUUCUGCUGACAAUGAUACCCAAGGUUUUGCUAAUUUGAUUGACGAAGCAGAUGCUGGAUUUAAUGUGGGUGAUGGACAGCGAGAAGGCCAUUUUACAGGAGCAUCUCGUGUUGUUAUCCCUGUCCCACUUGACCUCAGAGGCUACACCUCCAUGAGCUUCCGAACAUGUCGUUAUGGAGCAUUAUUAUCACAAGAGGGUUCAAGUGGAGACACCCUACUAUUAGAAUUAAAUGCAGAGGGUAGCUUGGUACUCACCUUGACACGCCAUGGACAACCCUACGUUACUACACUUGGUAGAAGACUUAACAACAAUGUCUGGCACAGGGUCUACCUCAGGUUUGAGCUGGGUGUCCUCCGAUUAGGGGUAGAUCACUCAACAGUUGUUGUGGCUAACACCACCAGUUCAAGUGAAACUCUUCUAGACUUAGGCUUGUGGUCACGCACACCUCAGCUAACCAUAGGUGGAAAUUUCACUGGAUGCAUCCUUCAAGGAGCAGGGACAGAAAUGACAAACCCACAAGCAUUACACACAGGAGUAGAGUGGGGUUCCUGUCCUCUUCCGGAUGGGACCAACUGCACUGGAGGUGGUUUUGCUGAUCCCUGUUUCUCACAACCUUGUGGUAGACGUGGCCAGUGCAUUCCACUUCAGGAGAGCUAUCGAUGUGAUUGUUAUACACGUUACUCAGGAGAAACUUGUGAAACUGAUAACGGACCCCUCUGCCACCUACCAGAAUAUGAAUGUCAAAAUGGUGGACUCUGUCAGGAAGACAGGCUAGGUAAUUCCACUACUUGUGCCUGUCCAACUGGCUUUACAGGCACAGUGUGUCAGGUGUCCAUCGAUGCAAGUUUCUGUGACAAUGCUGACAAUCCAUGUCAGAAUAAUGCCACCUGCACAGUGACGCCAUAUGAAGACAGAUAUGAGUGCCUUUGCUUACCAGGAUUCGCAGGAGAACACUGUGAAACGAAUAAUGAUGACUGUGCCUCUCUUCCCUGCCUUCAUGGUGGCAUGUGCAGCGAUGGAAUUAAUGAUUUCAGAUGUGACUGCGAUGGCACUGGUUAUGAGGGAGAAACAUGUGAAAACAAUAUAGAUGAAUGUUCUACCAUGCAGCCAUGCCUUAAUGGAGCAACAUGCUUUGAUCUCUAUGGUGACUAUGAGUGUGCAUGUACUCCUGGUUACGGUGGGAAACAUUGCGAAGUGGAAGUUCUCGAAUGCUCAUCUGAUCCCUGUCAAAAUGGGGGAACAUGCACAGACCUUCAAAAUGCAUACAGAUGUUCAUGUAUGUUUGGCUUUGAGGGUGACAAUUGUGAGCAUAAUAUCAACGACUGCUAUAACGUUACUUGCCCCGAGAACUCCUAUUGUAUGGAUGGAGUUAACGAAUACGUUUGCAGAUGUAGCCCUGGAUUUUCAGGUUCCCCACCUAACUGUCUCGAAAUAAACGAAUGCGAUUCCUCUCCAUGUCUGAAUGGAGCUUCAUGUUACGACCAAGAUAAUUCUUUCACAUGCAUCUGCACUCAAGGUUUUACUGGAAGCAAUUGUGAGAUCAACAUUGAUGACUGUAUGUCAGACCCAUGCCAGAAUGGAGGCACUUGUAUAGAUGGGAUUGACACCUAUAGUUGUGAGUGUGCACCAGGAUUUGAGGGAAGCCACUGCGAAGAAAAUCGUAAUGAAUGUGCCCUUAAUGUAUGCGUACAUGUUAAAGACUGUCGAGAUUUGAUUGGAGACUAUGAAUGUGAAUGUGAAGAUGGAUGGUUUGGCAAGAACUGUGAUGAAGAAGUAGAUGAGUGUGCUUCAUCCCCUUGUAAAAAUGGUGCAUCAUGCAAGGACAGACUCAAUGGAUUUGACUGUACAUGUCCACCUGGCUUUACAGGCAAAACUUGCGAAACUGAUAUUGAUGAAUGUGCAGUAAACCCUUGUCUCAAUGACGGUAUUUGCAUUGAUGGCCUCAACAACUAUACAUGUGAAUGUGGUGAUGCAUAUAUGGGAUUGAACUGUGAGGAGGAGUAUGAUGCCUGUGCAUCCAACCCUUGCCAAAAUUCUGCUUCAUGUAUCACAACACGUGGACAACAAGACUUUUAUUGUGAAUGUAUACCAGGUUUUGAGGGCUUCUACUGCAGCAACAAUAUCAAUGACUGCUUUGAUGUAACUUGCUCUGAUGGUAAGGUGUGCUAUGACCUGAUCAACAGCUAUGAAUGCCGCUGCCCAGAAGGAUUUACUGGAGAGAACUGCUCCGUUAAUAUUGAUGAAUGUGAGAGCAGUCCCUGUCUCAAUGGCGGGGAGUGCCAUGAUGGCAUGGCAAAUUAUAGCUGUGUCUGUCCAGAGGGAUACACAGGCCAUAACUGUGAGACUGACGUGGACGAAUGCGAGCUUCUACGGCCAUGUGUCAAUGGCAUUUGCCGAAACACCAUAGGGUCAUACCAGUGUUACUGUCGACCUGGAUUCUCUGGUGAUCUCUGCCAUGUAGACUUUGAUGAGUGCCUUUCUCUACCUUGCCAGAACAGCGGCACUUGCAUCAACAGGAUAAAUGGUUAUGAGUGUGUCUGCCAGCCUGGUUUUACGGGUACUGAUUGUGAUAUUGAUAUUGAUGAGUGUGAGAGUGCUCCCUGUCAAAACAAUGCUACCUGUUAUGACGGUAUUGCCAACUUCACAUGCGAGUGCCUGCCUGGCUUCACUGACCAACUAUGCUCCACAAAUAUUGAUGAAUGCGAGUCCGAGCCAUGUUUGAACGGAGGCACGUGCACAGAUGGCAUCAACAGCUACACAUGUAACUGUAGUGAUACAGGCUUCAAGGGUGAACAAUGCGAAAUAAACAUUGAUGACUGUGAGUCCUCUCCAUGUCAGCACGGAUCAACCUGCUCAGAUCUAGUGAAGGAUUACAAUUGUGCCUGUUUUGAUGGCUAUACAGGGAAAAAUUGUGAAGAGGACAUUUUGGAGUGUGAAGAAUUCCCAUGCUUUAAUGAUGCCACCUGUCUGGAGAGAAGUAACCUCACCCUCUAUGAAAUGGGAAUAUUUUCAAAUUUCAGUUAUGAGAAUGCUGGAGGAUUUACUUGUGAAUGCAUUCCUGGUUUUACUGGUGAUUUUUGUGAGACAAACAUAGAUGAGUGUGCAAGCAGUCCAUGUAUAAAUGGCCAGUGUAUUGAUGGUAUCAAUGCAUAUUCUUGUGACUGCUGGCCAGGAUAUGAAGGUUUUAAUUGUGAAAUUGAAAUUAAUGAAUGUGAGCUCUACAGGCCUUGUGACUAUGGCACCUGUGUUGAUAAGGUGGCUGAUUAUGAAUGUGUCUGCGAAGAGGGCUAUGGGGGGAAGAACUGCUCAGUCCCGCUGACGGGCUGUCUUGGAGUAGAGUGCUUCAAUGGAGGCACUUGUGAGGCACUGCUCUUUAAUGAGACCAUCCAUGACUUCAAGUGCCACUGUGAACACGGCUUUACUGGUCGUAACUGUGAGGAGCCUACUACUGUAUCUUUCUCUGGGAACUCUUACAUUGUGAUCAAUUCUCAGAGGGAAGAAGGUUAUGAGCUGGCCUUCAGAUUCCGUACCACUCUCCCCAAUGGAAUUCUUGCUGUAGGUCAGGGAGAGACUUACAUCAAGUUGGAGCUUCUUAAAGGACAACUCAACCUCCAUUCUUCACUUCUCAAUAAAUGGGAAGGUAUAUUUGCUGGUUCAGACCUCAAUGAUGGCCAGUGGCAGAAUGUUAGAAUGGCUGUAAAUGACAGCCAUGUUCUGCUGGCAGCAAAUGAUGAAGUGACAGUGCACCCCAUCACACUUGUAAGAUCUACGAACAGCUCAGAAACAAGCUUUAACACUUCAUUUUCUACAACUGUCCUUGGAGGAGCCACAUCAACAUUGAGAAUACUUUUCAAAGGAGCACCAUUUUUCACUGGCUGCAUGGAAGAUGUAGUCCUUGAUGAUGAAGUUCUGAUACCAAGAACUGUGCCACAGCCAAUGAGGGAUUUAGUCCAGGAUGGUUGUCCUCGUGUUGAGCAGUGUGCCCCCAACCCUUGCAUGAAUGAAGGCCAGUGUCAUGACUUGUGGACCAAGUAUGAGUGUACUUGCCAGAGACCUUACCUGGGAGAUACCUGUCAGCUUAGUUUCACACCAGCCACUUUUGGAAAUGAAGACAUAAUGGACAGCUUGGUAACUGUGGUGAUCCCUGAGGUGGACCACACAACCUACAGGACACAUGCUGAUGUCUCGAUGCUGGUGCGCACAAGGGAAAGCAAUGGACUGAUUUUCUACCUAGGAACAAGGGAAGACGAUAUCUCUAUAUCAUCUCCUGGAACCCACUUGCUAGCAGAGUUGAAGGACAACCAAUUAGUUGUGCGCACUCAGUUAGGCGGUCCAGAAGAAAUGUUCAUUAUUCCAGAUGUUACACUUACUGAUGGUGAACCACAUCUGCUUCAUGUGAAGCGUAUCAACAAUGACUUGGAAAUUUACGUUGACAAUGAGCAAGUCCUCAACGCUACACUGCAACAUGGAGGCAACCUAGAAGCUCAAGUUUUAUACCUUGGAGGUGUACCUGAUGGCUCCCACACCAGAGCGAAACGACAAUUAGGUGUCAGUAAUAUUACUGUGACUGUCACUCGACCUCACUUCAAGGGGACUUUGCAAGACAUCAGACUGAGCAAUGGUACAGAGACCCGACUUGUGCAGCCAUUCCCUCUGGAGAGUGUGACCCAAGUUGAUCUUCCAGGAGAAAAUCUGGAUGGCGUUGACUUGCAUAAUGUGCUUGAAGGAACUGUUAGUGAUGACACUUGCAACCCAGAUCCAUGUCAUAAUGGUGCAACAUGCACAGUCACUUGGAAUGAUUUUCUGUGUACUUGCACUUUUGGUUUCAAGGGCAAGACUUGUGAAGACCGUGAAUAUUGUGCAGUUUACCAGUGUCCAGUAGGAUCUGAGUGUCUGAACUUGGAUGAUGGCUAUGAGUGUGUCGCAAACUUGACUCUCAAUGGUAUCAAUUCUUCCAUUACAUAUUCACCAAGCUUUACAAACUUACAGAGGUCACUGAGUGAAAUAACUAUUACAUACAGAAGUCAGGUUGGAGGGGUUAUGCUCUAUGCAGCAAAUGCAGAUGCCAGUAUUUGGAUAGGUUCCAGUCCUGCCUCCAUUGUAGUGGAGCAAACCAAUGGAUCUGCUUCUCAGAAGACUUUCUUCAUGUCAAAUUCUACCUUGGAUGGGAACUGGCAUGUGCUCAAAGUUGUAGUUGAUCCUACAGGACUUCAGGUUUCACUAGAUGGGAAUAGCCUCCUUGGUAGUGACCUUGCUGUUAUUAUUGACCUUACUUCAUUGAUUCUUACUGGAGAGCUAAAGCUAGGUGCAGCACCACUGCCCUUGUCCACACUAAAUCUCCUGGACCCAUCAUUGGUGAGCCCAACCUCUACUCCUGGGAACACCAUACUACCAGACGAGUCAUUCAUGCCACAGGUGUUCCGUGGAUGCCUAGGUGCAGUGAGAGUCCAAGAGGUGUUGGUUCCAUUCUUCUCACAAACUGAACUUCUGAACAACAGUGCAGCAAACCAGUUUUUGAGACGGGAAGAAUCAUUUACAGAAAUUGGAUGCACAGUAUGUUAUGAGGAAGAGUGUGUCAAUGGAGGCUACUGUUCAGAUCCUUCAGAGGUAUACAGUUGUACAUGUGAAGCUGGAUUUGAAGGCAAUUUGUGCCAGAUCAACAUUGAUGAGUGCAUUGGGAAUGAAUGCCAGAAUGGAGCUUCAUGUGUUGAUGGCAUUAAUGAGUACACUUGUAACUGUGCACCAGGAUUUACAGGACAGUUCUGUGAGGAGGAUAUUGAUGAAUGUGCUGAUGAGCCUUGCAAAAAUGGUGGGUUGUGCUUCAAUGAAAUAGCUAAGUUCAGGUGUGAGUGCCCAGAAGAUUUCAUUGGAUUAACAUGUGAAGAACUGAAAGUCAAGAAUUGUUCCAACCGUAUGUGCCUGAACAAUGCUGUCUGUACUGAUAUUAUAAAUCCCUUGACAAAUGUAGCUGAUAACUACACCUGUAAUUGUCCAUUUGGUUUCAUUGGCUAUAAUUGCGAGACCAUCAAAGACUUCUGUAAACUGGAAAAUAUUUUCUGUACUCAUGGUACCUGUCAGCUCACCUACACAGAACCAGGCUGGGUAUGUUCUUGUGAAGCUGGCUGGGAAGGCCCCUAUUGCAGUAAAAAUAUUGAUGAUUGUGCCUUAGACCCUUGCAAAAAUAAUGCAGUAUGUGAAGACCUUCUUCGAGAUUUUAAAUGCCAUUGCCCUGAUACGUGGACUGGGGACACCUGUGAAGAGGAUGUAGAUGAAUGUUCCUCCAAUCCAUGUGUUGAUGGUGGAACAUGUGUGAAUCUCAUGGGGUCUUUUGAGUGCCUUUGUGAAGAUGAGUUUUGUGGUCAGACAUGCAGUUUAACCAACCCAUGUCUUGAGGUUAAUUGCAGUAAUGGUGGUCAGUGUGAACACUUUUGUGAUGAACACCGCCCAGAUCAAUUUAACCAGACAAUGGGAGUAUGUCGGUGUCAAGCAGGUUGGGGUGGAGAAUUCUGCACUGAAGAGGUUACACUAUUCCCAUCAGAUGUGGAUUUGGCCAUCAUUGUUGGAUGUGUUGUUGGACUCAUGUUAGUCAUAGCAAUAGUUGGUCUGACAGUGUUCCUUAUGAUGGCAAAAAAGAAGAGGCAAACUAGAGGAACCUAUUCACCCAGCAGACAGGAAUUUUACAGUCCAAGAGUAGAGAUGGGGAACAUGAUGAAACCCCCACCAGAGGAAAGACUCAUCUGAGCAAUGUACAGUGCUUCUAAGAGCCAAGUAUAAAAAACCUCCACAGUGAGAUGAUGCUCAAUUGUGAUAUCUGCGCACCCUUUGAUCUCCUCAGCCAGAAAGAUCUCUUGCUGGAAGAUUUGAUGCUGAUAUAUGAAGCAUUAUUUUAGGAUUUUAAUAAUGGAGGCUAUAGAGAAGUUGGAUUGGCUGAGGAAUUUUGUACACAAUGAAGAAGUUACAAGCAUGUGGUGUGCCACUAGAGAUAUGCUGAAGAGACUAAUAUGCUUGAACAAUGCAGUGAUAAUGGCCUUGUGGAAGAGGCUACAUGUAUAUAAAUAUGAUAAGUAAUGACUGAAGACUCAACAAUUUAAAUAGAUACAUGUGCAUCCAGAAGCUGUUAUGGAAGGGAUUGCUUUAAAAUGAAAAUUUGUCAAAAUAUCUUGAAACAAGUCUCAGUACUUUAAACAGCUGUUGCAACAAGACUAUUUAUAAUGUGAUAUAGUUGAGUCUGGAUAUAUUGACACAGGUCACUGUAACCUGUGACUUUUUUCCUUAUUCAUAUUUCUAGAAAAUUCUGUGAGAAUUUGAUUGCAGAAAGCUUGCUCAGUUGUUGUUUAAUAUAUUCUAUGUACAGCACAGAUACAAUAUUCAAAAUGAAAAGGACCAGUUUAUGAAGAUAUAAAAUAAUAACUAAUAACUUUGUAAAAGUUCGGAGAUUGGAA